AUGGGUGCGUUAGCUAAGGUAAAAACGAAUCCAAGUUCGUACGUAUUCAAGGGAGGUGAUGCGUGUCAUCACGGAAGCGAGUUUCGUCCUUCACCUUAUCAUCCUCUUCCGGAAUUUCUCACACCAGCUCCUUCGUCGAGUUGCGGGACAAACUCUCCAGGUUCGCUCUUUGGGCCCCUUCUCCGUGGUAAUGGCAGGAACAGACCAUUCUACGCAAUAGCACGAAGGGAUGAUGGAACAGCGAUAGUGUAUGAUGUAGACGAGGCGGAGACAAAGAUUGAAAAAGUUAUGGAAAUGGAUGCAUCGGAUGAAGUAUUACUUGUUAUGGCACAUGAUGAAACAUUGAAAGACGUAGUAUCUUUCUUUCCUCAUUAUACGAAUAGCUUUAGAGAAAGUGGAAGGGCAGAAAAAGGAAGAUGGUUCUUUUUAAGGGAUUUUAUGGGGGCUGUGAAGGAUUGA